UGUCCAACCGUUGUAAAACCCAUUGUAGUGGCUGUGCUACCCGGCGCCUGGGGUAGGCAAUUGGUGAAGUUUUGAUGUCGAGACGCUGAACAAAAUUGGGCUAUGCAGGGUGCCGAGCGAACCUGCAUUCAACCCGCAGCCAGUGAGAGGUAAUGAACCCAAGGCACACGGCAUGAGCUCCAGCUGCAUGUAGCCUUGCGGUCCUCGAUAGUUUGGUUAGCACGGCCCGGCUUCGGGUGCUGCCAUUCAAGCUGGAUCCCCAACAAGUCAUCGACAUGGAGCCACAGCCAGGGGUGCUAGACAUUCUGGCGCAAUUCUGCCACCGCCUGCUGCAUUGGGGUCCGCUGACGGCGCUUUGCAUAAUCAAAUUCAUCUUCCUGACCAGUCUGUACGUGACAUCUAUGUGGCUCUCGCCUUAUGGUUCAACGCUAGGCACCGUCAACCACGGGAUAUUCAUCGGUUGGGUUGGAGUUCUGCUGUACAAUUUCUUCAUGGCUGUAGCAAUGGGACCGGGCUUCGUGCCUCUGAAGUGGAGGCCGGACCAGCCAGAUGAUGAGCAGUUCCUGCAAUACUGUGCAAACUGUGAUGGAUUUAAGACACCACGGUCGCAUCACUGCCGCAAGUGUGAAAGGUGUGUCCUCAAGAUGGACCAUCACUGUCCAUGGAUCAACACUUGUUGUGGGCACCGGAACCAUGCCAACUUCACACUUUUUUUGUUCUUUGCUGUCUGUGGCAGCAUUCAUGCCUCAGUACUGUUGAUCAUGGGACUUACUAAAGCCUACCACAGGAAAUACUACAUGCGCGAAGGUCAAGAAGACAAUCUAGUUUACUUGGGUUUCUUCCCUUUUCUGGCCACGGUGCUGAGCUUGGGCUUAGCGAUUGGUGUCAUCAUUGCAGUUGGAAGCCUCUUUUGUAUACAGCUGAAAAUUAUUGUUCGCAACGAGACAACUAUUGAGAAUUGGAUUGUGGCCAAGGCCCAGAUGAGGGAGCGUGAUGAUGAAGAUGACUUCAUCUAUCCCUACAACCUGGGUGUGGCUGAAAACCUGAAGCAGGUCUUUCUGUACCCACUUGGUGAUGGCAUUACUUGGCCUGUUGUGCCUGGAUGCAACCAGUAUACACUGACUGUAGAGCAGAUUCUUCAGAAGCACGACAAGCGGCUACGAACUCGUCUCUAUACAGUGGUGCAUCCUUUCCGUGGCUCCUUUUUCCCUAUCUCACAUGGUUGCUCUGUCUGCAUGACCACACCACUCACCGAUGAACCCCGCAUUGCAGUCAGCCCUGGUGACCGUGUUCUUGUUACUCGGUGGAAAAGACACUGGCUCUAUGGAGAAUUAGAAAGUGCGAAGUUUCCUACAAAAUCUUCUCGCAGGCUGAAGGGUUGGUUCCCACGCCGGUGUGCAGUUGAAGUUGCUGGUAGUAAGGGGAGCCGUAGCUGCACAGAGGCGUCAUCGAGCUUUGCCGACUACAAGAAGUACAAGUGAAACAGGCCGUCGUCUCCUUGCACUGCUGCAGCCUCCAGUGACUGCCAACCAAGCCUAGCUGCCAGAUUUCAGACCAGUCGAAUUUUUCUCUCCCAUGGGCAGCUGUCACUGUUGUGUGCAUAGACUCUGCUGCUCCCCAAGUUAGUUGUAAAUAUCAUUUACAAAGAAAAAUUCGUCACUUUGCCUUUCCAAGAGGUGCCUGUUGAGUCAUUUUGUAAUUAUUCAUUGAUGUUUUAAAGACAGAGAAAGUUUUUAUUGAAAAGCUUUAAAAAAAAAAGAAAACAAUGGCGUGAAUUACUUUUAAAAGCUGUGCAUGACUUUGUUCCUCAGGUUAACUGUUAUGUGAAGAGAGUCAGCCUGUCGGGUGGGUUGCCAAAGAGUUACUAGACUGUGCCUUUCCAUGAGUAAUAGUUCUGAUGUAGACAUUUCCAGCUGCUGAGCCCUCUCAAGCAAGUUGUGGCUUUGCUGUGAGUUUAAAUUGGGAUAGAAGCUUCCGUGAACAACUGGAUGCUUGCUUCUCAGCAUAGCGUUUAAAGAAAGGGGAAAAAAGGCUUAUGGUUAAAGAAUUGCAAUGGCAUGUUACAUUAGUGAAUUUAGAUCGGUGUGACACAUGCCACACAUAACCAAGUUAAGUACAAAAGAGUUGACGCUUCACGACCCGAGGAGCAUGCGAGAUGUUGUGCAGAAGCGUUGCUGUAACAUUUACUAAGAAAGCCGUAAUUUUACCUCACAAGUCUCACAAGUGAACUUUUAAAGUGGAGCAAGUUGGGCAGUUGGGAAUGUAAUAAAGUUAAAGCAGUAGAUGGUGCUCUCACCACUCAGCGUUGUCUGUGACUGCAUAAAGAAUCAGAGCAGUAUCACUUGAAGGGAUCCUGAAUCACCCUCAGACUUUAUAUAUAUAUAUAUA